AUGACACCCGAGGAAGACGCAUCCAGCACCAAGACGGCCUGUCCUACAACAACCAUUGCCAGCGUCCUCAUCCUGCCCGACGGUGAGCAGCCCGUCCACAUCGAACUGUGCAAUUGGGACCAGAUAGACGACUUCCUGACGCGCGAUCAUGACGAGCACCCCGGCCAGUGGAAGAUGUUUGUCCUCAACGGCCUGCACACAAAGCUGGCGUUUGAACUGGCGGUGCGGCUAGACAUCGACCCGGGCUUCUUCGACAGCCACGUCUACAGAACAAGGUACGUGGCUCCCUGGCGGGGGGAGGCCAGGCAAGGCCAGGGAGAGGGAGAGGGAAAGGGAAAGGGGCGCGAGACGGAGCAGCAGGGCCAGGGCCGCCGCGGCGUGCACUUCUUCCAGCUUGACUUCCCGCAGGUGGAGGAGCUCUCGAUCCCGGCGGGGAUCCAGACGUCGAGGAGCUCCGAGAUGCCGCUGCUCGAGAGCCGGUGGAUGCUGGACGAGAACGUGCUCAGCCUGGCGCCGGACGCGAGGAAGGCGUACCUCCUGGACGGGACGCUGUACCGCUGGGACGGCGUGCUAGUCGGCGCCUUUGGGUACUGGAGGAGGAUGUCGUGGUGGUGCAGCGAGCGGGAGAAGACGUCCGUCAUGGUCGUGGACGGGCCGCUGGAGGCGAUCCUCCCGCCGCACGUGGCGCCGGCGCUGCCGGCGACGCAGCCCUUCAGGAGCAGCGUGAAGCGGCAGGACGGCGGCGCCGUCGAGGCCCUCGACGGCCUGUACGCGCGGUGGAGGGCCCGCCGCCGCCGCGAGUCCUUCCUCGACGGGUUCCUCGCGCGCGGGAGCGCCUCGAGCGUCUACGAGGUCGCCACCGACGUGGCGCUGCAGCAGUGGCACCUGCUCGUCGCGACGGUCCAGGUCGACAGGGGCCCCAGCCAGGCCAACUACCUGCUGGAGCUCAUCUCGCAGCGCGUCGAGAACAACGUGCUCGACUGGCGGCGCUACGUGCGCGGCGCGGGCGCGGGCGCCGGCGCGAACCCGUGGGAGGACCCGGCCGGGCCGCUGCCGCGGAGGAGGGACUCGGCCUUGCUGCAGAUGGUGGCGGGGUUCCACGACAAGUACCAGCGGCUGGAGAGGAGGCUGCCGCCGCCGUCGUCGUCGUCGGGCUGCAAGACGGACGCGCUGGCGCUCGAGGUGCGCGAGGACAGGCGCGCGCUGGACCGGCUGUCGUACAUGGGCGGCGUGCUGCUGCCCUUUUCCAUCGCCGCCGGCGUGUUUUCCAUGGCGGGCCGGUUCGCGGCCGGGGGGGCGCUCUUCUUUGCCUACUGGGUGCUCGUGGUGCCGGGGGUCGUCUUGGCCACGGUGCUGGUGUACGCGGACACGCUGCGGACGAAAAAGGUCCGCAAGGUGAGGGCGGCCCGGAGGCGGCCCUCGCGUCUGGCGUGGAUGCUUGGCGGGGGGAGGAGGAGGAGAGAGAACGGGAACGGGAACGGCUCGUCAACCUCGUCCGACACGGGCUCCGUGUCCGGGGAGAGCGCGCGGGCGGCGCAGGGCGGCGGAGCUGCUGCUGGCGGUGGCGAGGCGGGAUGGCCGCCGUCGGGCGUGGGAGCGCCGAUGCCGUGGAGGUCGGGACCGAGGCCGGUCUGGCCCAGGUUCGCCGAGGAUGUCGUCAUGGUCGACGAGACGGAGGAUCUGGGGUGGUGGAGGGCAUUGUGGACGUUGGUAGGGUACAGGCCGCUCUGGGCCGUGGAUGGUGACGUGCGUUGA